AUGUGCAACUGCUUUCGCCGGGGCGAUCUGGACACCAAUGAUAAUGUUAGGACGUACCACAUAUGGUGGCGUCGUUCAAACCACCCGAAAACGUUUGCGGAUCUCGAGCUCCAGUGCCUGUUCGACACGGUGCGCGCACCGGAAGCCCUGGACGCCUCCGCGGCUAGCAGCUCGCCAGAGCACUCCGGUGGAGACCUCAGUCACCGCGUAUUCGGUGUUACGGAGCAGUGCAUAUUACAUCGACAUCAACAAAGCGCAUUCGCUGUGAGUCUCGGUCUCACAGACGCAGAAGCUCGAGCAGUGGCCCGUCGAGCUGUUCUCGUGCACGCAGUUUAUCGCCUAUGGUGCAGUGGCACGUCGCAUGCGGACUGCGCUGCACUUCUCGAUUCUCUUUGUAAAGCGGGCGGUCUUAAAUAUGCAUUGCCGAAAGACGCGUCUUAUUUUCGCUUCGAGCAGGCGAGCCAUGGGAAGCGUCUUUCCAUGACACAGCAGCAACGAAACCUUCAGAUAUACGCAAAGCUGCUUGACCACUGGACAACUGUGGAACAGAGGACUAUUCAACUCUCUGGAGACGACGUUGAGCGCAUUGCACUCUUGGAGGAUCACGAGCUGGCUGCCGACUGUGGAGCUCGCGUCCUUGUGGGACGCCGACUCGCCCCCGGCGGCCAGCUCUGCCCCGUUCAUCGAUACCGCUUGUCGGCGAGACCGUUUAUCGGAACGACGUCCAUGGACGCAGAAUUAGCGUUUCUCAUGGCCAAUGUGGCUGGCAUUGGACCCGGUCAGACGGUUCUGGACCCGUACGUGGGAACCGGCUCUAUCCUGAUUGCUAGUGCAGUACUGGGUGCGAGCCAGGUCCUCGGCUCCGACCUCGAUCGCUGGGUGCUGUACGGCACCAGUCAUACGGCACGACGAAGGCAUAGGAACGGUACUGCUGGGCGAGAAUCCCAGACAAAAUCCGACUCGCAGAUAACGCUGCUGCGGGCGUCUCCGGGGCGAACCUGCACCACCAGUACCAUCGAAGAGCAUCCAGCAAACGCAACGAAUCGUGUGCACGCUCUAGAGGCUCGUACGCAUGAUCGGAACAUCGCUCAACGAUACCAUAUCCUGGACAACUUUCGCUUUUAUGGGAUUCCACGGCAUCAGUGGCCGGAGCUCGUGCGCAUGGACUUGCUGGAGCCCGCCUGGGCAGUCCCGGACCCGGCACGUCCGGAACGCUUCGGCUGGUGUGAUGCGAUCGUGUGUGAUCCUCCGUACGGUAUCCGCGAGGGCACUCGGCAGGCAUCGCGAGCGUGUGCUGGCGACUCCGACGAGGAGCGCACCUCCCGAACCAUGAGACGGCGUCGGGCGCCUUUUGCUGCCCAUCUAGAAGCACUUUUCAGGUUGGCAGCGCGAGUGCUCUGUCCAGGAGGUCGCCUGGUUUUCUGGUUACCGGCGGUAGCGGCGCUAACGGCAUACGACCUCCCACGCCAUGCAUCGUUCGAGUACAUCGGAGUACCCUGUUGUCAGCGCAUGCGGGGCGAUUUACGACGGUACCUCCUGGUGCUCCGCAAGACAGACCGCAUGUUUCCGAGUGCGGCCGCUGCCUCUUCCCCGGAGGUGUUCUACGAAGAGGCGCCACCGCACUAUCAGCGAGCGCAUGAGGAUUUGGCGGCUCGUCUCUUCCGCGUUGCCGAGCGCAGCGAACAGCUUUUGCAGGCGCCGAAUCCAUCGCGUACAACCGUUCCAGCUGCAGACUCGGGCACCGGCGACGCUGAGACGGCGGUGCCCUAG